AUGUAUUCUGUUAUUUAUCCGAUUUCCGGCACUUUGGCUGGUUGUAUCGGUUGUAUGUACUUCACGGAGUCCAUUGCAAAAGAACAACCAGGUUCAAUGAAUUUGAUGACUUUUUCAACAUUUUUGUUCAUAUCAUUGGAAGGACUCAUAUUUACAUCCAAAUUUUUUGCUGUUCCCAAUAAAAUCCCUAUACGCGGUUAUUUACCAACUGUGAUAACAUUCUUUUUCGUGAAUGUUAUCAAUAAUCAAGCCUUAAACUUUCAUGUUCCAGUUCCACUGCACAUUAUUUUUCGUUCAGGUUCCUUAUUAGCAAGCUUGAUUCUGACCAAAUUAUUGCAACGAAAACAGUAUUCAUUGCGAAAAUACUUGGCUGUCUUGAUGAUUACUAAGUCGGACUCAUUUAAAAGUGUCGAAGAGUUCAAAAAACAUUAUCAAGAAUGGUUGAUCGGCAUGGCAAUGCUUAUUAUUGCAUUAUUAGCGUCUGCUUAUUUAGCAAUCUGUCAAGAAACAUUGUAUCUAACAUACGGGAAACAUACCAAAGAAGCUGUAUUUGUGGUUCAUGCUGCUUCUUUGCCAUUUUUCGCACUUAUGGGUGAAAAUAUUUAUAAGUCAGCUACUGCCUUUUCGCUCAGUUAUCCGGUUGAUAUUCUUGGUUUUCGCAUACCUCACAUGUGGCUUUAUCUCAUUGCCACCUGUAUUUCACAGUGGAUUUGCAUUUCUUUCGUGUACCAGCUCAAUGCUACCGUUGAUUCAUUAACAGUAACAAUGGUUGUAACUUUACGAAAGUUUCUUUCACUUCUAAUUUCGAUAUUAUGGUUCAAAAAUCCUUUCACAUUUGCGCACUGGUUAGGAACAGCAUUAGUAUUUGUUGGUACCAUUAUAUUUACCGAUGUUUGGAAUAAUCGAAGUGUUAUGCUGAGAAAAAGAAAAUAG